AUGAUCAGGGGCCUGUUGAAGCCAGGAGGGCUUUUCUUCCUGGGGGUGCCAGUGGGCAACGACACGCUGGUGUUCAAUGCGCAUCGCGUGUACGGUCCCAUCCGCAUGCCGCUCCUGCUUAAGGGAUGGGAGCUGCUGGACGUGUUUGGGGUGUCCAGCCUCGAAGCCACCUACAGGGAGAACCUGGAUAAGGCCAACAUACAGCCGGUCAUGUUGUUGACUUAUACUUCUUAG